UGCAGCGCAAGCACCUCAAAGCGCACACACACUUACACACAUACUCCUCAGCUAGGUUGCUUGAGACCUACUACUUCAUUGCUGCGUCGUCUUCUCCUCCCCGCCCCCCGUACGUGCGCAGUUCUUGGCACGCACGCUUCCCCAUAUAUACCCCUGCCAGCCUUCCCGACCGAGAUAGAUAGAUAGAGAUACACAGGCAAGGCAACGAACCAACCAUCACACUGAGACGAGGUAGCUCGCCGGUUGCUCGGUCGUUUGUUCGUCCGUCCCUUGAGCCGGCCGCGCGCGCGUGCCGGGCGGGCGGGAGAAUGGGACGGCACGCGGGCACCGGCGGCGGCGGGGGCGUCCAGCAGAAGCUGCGCAAGGGGCUGUGGUCUCCCGAGGAGGACGAGAAGCUCUACAACCACAUCAUCCGCUACGGCGUCGGGUGCUGGAGCUCCGUGCCCAAGCUCGCCGGUCUGCAGAGGUGCGGCAAGAGCUGCCGGCUGCGGUGGAUCAACUACCUGCGCCCCGACCUGAAGCGGGGAAGCUUCUCGCAGCAGGAGGAGGACGCCAUCGUCGGCCUGCAUGAGAUCCUGGGGAACAGGUGGUCGCAGAUAGCGUCUCACUUGCCCGGCCGGACGGACAACGAGAUCAAGAACUUUUGGAACAGCUGCCUCAAGAAGAAGCUGCGGCAGCGCGGCAUCGACCCCAGCACCCACAAGCCCAUCUCCGGCGUGGUGGGGGUGGAACCGGACCAGGCAUCGAAAGAUGAGAGGCCGCAGGCGGCCGACGGUCUAGCCCUGAAGCAGCAGCAGGUGUUCGACCCUUUCCCGGUGGCCGACACCUUCGGCGCCGGCUUCGAUGGGGCGGGCAUGCCGCUGUACGACCACCUCGGCGGCAAGGACGCGGCCGGGUUCGUGGACUACAGCAGCGUGCUGGACGUGUCGGAGAACCUGGGCUACGGCGAGAGCUCCAGCAACAGCAGCAACUGGAACAGCGCGCCGGAGGCGAGCAACGCGCUGGAGGGCGAGGCGCUGCAUUGGGCCUCGGAGAGCAAGGUGGAGCCUUUCGCCGGCUACGCCGGCGACGAGGACGACAAGUUCGCGCUGCCCUGCCACGGCCAGCAAGAGCACAGCAUGGCGCAUUUUGACUUCAACCUCGAGUACUUCUGAGGCCUUUUCUGAUCUAGUCAUCGUCGUAUAUAUUGUUUUCACACACGGGCACGGGCAAGACCAACCAACCGGGAGAUUAGCGACUGUACUUUGUCAAUUUUCUCUAGUCUUUACUACUCCUUUUAACACUGUUUCUUUUCUUUUCACCGUCUGUUUAUGGUUCUUAUAUAUGGCUGAAAUAAGAGGUAUAGAAAUGUGAACACUCUGUAAUUUACCAUGAGAUUCCGCUCUCUCUCUUUUUUGUAAGGAUAAGGAAUAAGAUUCUUACACUUUUGCUCGGUAA